CGUCUUCUUGCUUCUCCAUCACCAACACCAGUGUCUCUUUCUUUCUCAAAGAGUUCUCUACCAAUGGCCCACAGCUUGCAAGCCUCUCUCAUUGCCCUCCUUGUCAUCUUCAAUGUCCUCCUCGGGCAAGCCAUUGCAGCACGUGAAGUUCCAAAUGACUCCAAGAAGGUUGACAAGAAGCAGCCUGAGUGGUUCAUUGAACCUGAUGGUAGUCUGCUUAUUCCAGGCCUUGGGAGGGUGAUGGUGCCAGGGUAUGGAUCUUACACUCCCUAUGAUGGCAGCAUCCCUAGCGGUUCGAGUGGGAGCGACGGUUCCACUGGUGGAACCGGUAGUUACAUUCCAGGUGGUGAUGAUACAUUUGUCCCAAACCCUGGUGUUGAGAUCCCCAACCCUGCUGGUGGAGGCGGUGUUCCUACAGCAGCUCGUCCUUGAAUUUGUUUAGCAUUUCUGGUUUGGUUUCAAGGUGUUAAGUGUGGUGCCUAGACCGUAUGUGUUUCUAGUCUUUGAAUUGUCUUUCUUUGCUGUUUCCUGAAGAUGUUUGUAGAAUAAUUAUUCUUAUGAAUAAGAGAUGGGUUUGUUUCAAUA